AUGUCUCUUACUAGACCUAACCACCUGAGCUACGAACAGCAUUUCGAGCGAGAAUGCGAGUUCUUCCAGGAAACUCUACUCAGGGAGGCUGACUCGCUCAAUCGGUUGGAAAACCGCCGCGCAGGAACCAUUCAAAUAAUUUGUGAUCUGAUCGUCCAGCUGGAAAUCGUCAGACGGCUCGCUGAGACUAUGGCCAGAAAGUCCCCGAUGUGUCCAACUGUCCUGAUUAGCCCCCCGGGAUAUUUCCGCGGUGAAUUUCAAAGCUUUUGCCGUGCAAAGAUUCUACCUGGUCUGAUUAGGUCGCUGACUUGCCUUAACGAGUCAGACAUUAUCUAUCGCGAUAUCAACUACUCAGUCGCUGCUCAAUUGGAGGAGAUCCACGAGGACUUUACUUUUGUCUUGGAUAGCCGCGAGUAG